AUGGUAAGGAAAUUAAUAAUAGUUGAUCAGUUGUCUCACACUAGUGUUUUGUCAAAUGGUAUUGGAGUAGUUAUUUUACAAAUGCCUCAACAUUCUGAAGUACUUCUCACUAAAGAUAAUGUGGAGGAUCUACCCGACGACGAGGACGACCUCGACGACGGCGUCGUUGAAGAGGGUGCUCAACAGCCCGCACCCGGCGGUGCACUCACCUUGCGAGGUCUCCUUAUGAAAGUCAAGAGAACCGUACGAUUUUUCAAGCAAAGUGAGGUUGCUGCCAGUCGGCUCAAAGAACUUCAAAAGGUGGAGCAGGGAAAGAAAGAUGGACAGUGCUUGCGCCUUAUUCAAGAAGUCAAGACAAGGUGGAAUUCUUGCUUCGAAAUGCUUCAGAGAUAUCUCCUUUUGGCACCUCUCGUUGUUCGAGUCGUCCUUGACUUACAACGCCAAAGGAUCAGCAGGGCUCCGGCCCCGGACAUAAUCAGCCCUGCCGAGGAAGAGAUCCUGAAGGAGGUGAAGGACCUACUGGCCCCGCUGCACCGGGCUACACAGGAAGUGAGCAGUGAGAAGCUGGUGACUCUGAGCAAGUGCAUCCCCGUCAUCAACAGUCUCCGCACUGAAAUUGAGAAGUACUCGGCCACAAAAACAAUUUCUAAACAAGUGAAGGAAAUUCUUAAGGCACUCCUUAAAGAUGCUUUUGAUUCAAUUGAACUUGUGCCGAUGUACGCUGCGGCAACCCUGCUGGGUCCGCGGUUCAAGAAGUUUGGUUUCCGUCAGGACCUAACAACCCCUCGCCGCGUCGGCAAUGCAAUAUCCUUUGUCGGCGAUCUGGUAAAGAAGAAGAUGAGAGCAGCUGAAGUGCAAGCCCAGGCGGAGCAAGCAUUGGAAAGGGAAGAGAACCCAGCAGCCCAAGAGCCGACUGAGCCUGAUGACUUUUGGUCCUCGCUCGACCAGCAAGUGGAGCAGCAAUCCUCUCUUCACUCUGGGCAGGACGUCGCGGGGGGAAUACCCGUGCAAUUGCGCGCCUACCUGGAUAGCCCACCUGUGAAGAGGAAGGAUUACCCCAACCCUCUCAUCGCUUGGGAACCUUUAAAAGGGGAACUCAGACACGUAUAUGCGGUGGCUCAGGAGUACCUGUCCAUACUGGCGAACUCUGUACCCUCUGAGCGCCUCUUUUCUCAUGCAGGCAUGAUCUCCAACCAAAAAAGGACCCGGCUUGCUGCAAAGCGUUUGGAGAUGCUAGUUUUUCUCAGGUCUUGUGACGAUGAUCUCUGGUUUGAUUGAAUAGAUUUUCUAAUUCUUGACUCUAGAUAAUUUCCUAGUCCUAUAGAACAAUUUUUAGUUAAGGUAUGCACUGAUAACUUUUAAGAGCUACUAGUCCUCUGUUAUUACUCUGGUACCUUACUCACUUUAUAACAACGUUUACAUUGUUUAUGGAACAUUUAUUUAAUUAUUAAACAUUUAUGUAAUGAAGACACAAGGUUUUAUUUUGAAUGUACCCCAGGAAUAUCACCACGUUCACCUUAAAACAGUAGUUGUAUUGCUAUUUUGUAAAAUUUUGAUACUCUGGCGUAAUUUUACUGAUUUUCUAGUUUUUUUCGAUUUUUUCCGAAUAAUUCGAACAUAUUCGAAUGCUGGCGCCGAAUAUCGAAUAUUCGAGAAUCUGUUUCGAAUUGACAUCCCUAAUUGGGACUGGUCUCACCGGUCUAUAAACCCUGGCCUAGUGCCAGGAGAUCGAGUCUGCUACCUCAUCCAACUCUUGACCUACCGCACGCACUCUCGCCCACCUCUCUCUCUCUCUCGCCAACGCGUGUCCUUUGAGCU